AUGCCUCUGACUGUUCCUCUGAUCGGAAGAGAACUUUGCUUCUGGUGUGUUGAAAAUACUGAAGACGGAAAAUUCGUCCUUCCACCUAACAGUUCAUCUCUUCCGAUUUUCUCAACUUUUCACUUUGAAAGAUUAAAAGAAAUUCCUGCUCCAUACGUUUUGAAUGAAGUGAAAAAGAAGGAGAAGAAGCAGAAGUCUCCAACUCGUCAAAAACUUCCGAAGAAUCAGAAUUCCAAAGUGGCCAAAAAACCUAAAUAUUUCGAAGAAGGAAUUAAGAAGAAGAACGUCUAUUCUAAAAUUCACAAAAAUGCAAUCAAAACAAUCGCUUCUGAAUAUAAACCAGGAAAGAAAUGUGAUCAAUCCCAGAAACUGUUUCUUUGUGAUAUUUGUGAGUUCUCAUUCACUCUUCGACACAAUCUUCAAGUGCAUCUCGUUCAAUUCCACGGCACAACUGAAAAUAUUCCCGAGGAAAAAGUUGCAGUAUUGAAAGAAGUACUUCCACGGAAAAUGAAUGAAGAAGAGACAUUGGAAUGA